CUCCUUCUUAGUCUUCCUUUCUCUUUUGCAAUGGCUUCAUCUUCUCCAAGAAACAUCAUCUCAAAGAACAAAACUCCCAUCGCAGCAGUCGCCGCUUUCGUGUCAGCAGCAGCAGUCCUCACUUCCAUCUACAAAUCUUAUACAUCCUACAAAAUGUCUCACAACCUCCACCCCAGCAUCAACAAGGGCAUCACCAAGGGCUCUUCCAGUUUCUCUGGUGGCAAGCUCCGAUGCAAGUGCUCUUCCAACCCCGUUGAGGUCACCCUCGGCGGUCAAGUCGCUCACAACCACGCCUGCGGCUGCUCCAAAUGCUGGAAGCCUGAGGGUGCUCUCUUCUCUGUCGUCGCCGUCAUCCCCCGCGACCAGGUCCAGGUCACCGCCAACGCUAACAAACUCACCAUCAUCGACGAGAGCGCUGCCAUUCAGCGAAACGCCUGCCGUGACUGUGGUGUCCACAUGUUUGGUCGCAUCGAGAAGGAGCACCCCUUCAAGGGUCUUGACUUUGUCCACGUCGAGCUCUCUGACGAAAAGGGCUGGCAAGAGCCUCAGUUCGCUGCCUUUGUCUCUUCCAUCAUCGAGCAGGGCUUCCCCGCCGAGAAGGCCAACGAGGUCCGCUCUCAGUUCAAGGACCUUGGUCUUGAGUCCUACGAUGCUCUGUCCCCUCCUUUGAUGGACGCCAUUGCCUCUUGGACCGCCGCCAAGGCUAAGAUCUGAGUGUCUCCGUCUAGUGUAAGCCACUUUUUCAAAAAAAUGAAGGGUGUGCUAUGUUACAAAAAGUUGCAAAUGGUGGUUAGCGGGUGUUAAGAGAUCUGGUGGUGGUUGUUUUGGAAAUGUACCUGGUUUGCAAUUGAGAGAGAGUUGGAUGGGCCAUCACAUACUGUGAGCCUCGAAUGAGAUACAUGAUAUGGAAGGAUAAGAAGAACCGCUCAAAGUUAGCAUCUAUCAUCCUAAUUUAUGAUUUGACGAAC